AUGCAAUCGACUGUUCAGUGUAUAGAAUGUUCUGACAACCCAAAAAUAGCAGACGUAUGCAGCUUCCACUGUAAUAACGACUGUUACCAAGAUGCAUGGGAGUUUCAUCUUAGCGUACAUGACAAAGCAGCUUCUAGUGUUAAGGAAGACGACAUAUUUGCAAAAAUCGCUGCAUCUUCUGCUUCACCUUCAACAUCAGCCGGUGGGCAGAGCUCCAGAACUGUUGGAGAAGGAAGCGGUGUCGAACUGACGUUGGAAGUGGGCCGGUCAAAAACAUAUGCACCGACGGAUCACGACGUCGGCCAUGGCCUGAAGUUUGAAUGUGUGGUGGUCGAUGCGAGCACCAGAACGCCGGCGUCGGAAGCGACGACAGUGUGGACGUCAACUGUUACACCUGCACCAUGCCCUAGGCAACGGCUAAUGUUUCUAUUACACGAGGCGACAUGGCCCUCGAGUUCAGGCGGUCCAAGUGCACCAAAAGGAACCUUCACUGUUCUCUCCUACAACAUUCUGUCAGAUGGUCGCGCGAAAGGUGGGAGAUACAACUACUGCCCACCUUGGGCUCUUUCAUGGUCAUAUCGGAGGCAGAAUCUGUUAAGAGAAAUUACUGGCUAUCGUGCUGAUGUUAUCUGUCUUCAACAGGUACAGAGUAACCAUUUUGAGAAUUUCUUUGCUCCUGAACUUCAAAAGCAUGGCUACAAAGCCCUCUAUAUGGCAAAUCGGACAGAAGAGGUUAGAAAUGCCUUUGCCGCUGAAACUGGCGAUUCUUGCCCUGUUGAGGGUUGUGCGACAUUUUUCUACAAGAAACGGAUUUCAUUGGUGAAAGCGUAUGAGGCAUGUGGUUUAUUUAUAUGA